AACUGUUUACCAAACUUAAAGUAAUCGGGAAAACUCAUUUUUUGGAGAGUAUAAUGGUUAUGGCGGACAGAAAUGUCGUAGAUAUUAGAAAUGGAAGGCGUUCUCGCUGUGCAAGUCCAAAUGACUUUUCAGACGACGACAGCGCCGACUCUGAUCACGAGGGUGGUGGAAUGAGAGUGGGGCAUGAUUUCCAAGCAACAGUUCCCGAGUUCACCCCAGAUCUACGACCUGAUCAGCGAAAUGAAGCCAUUUUGGUAUGGGCUCCUGGAAGCGAGUUGUCUGAUAUCAAUGUUGAUGAAUAUGUCACAAUAGCCAAAGAGAAGCAUGGUUACAACACUGAACAGGCCCUUGGCAUGUUAUUUUGGCAUAAACACAACAUAGAAAAAGCCUUAGCUGACCUGCCCAACUUCACCCCCUUCCCUGAUGAGUGGACUGUGGAGGACAAGGUGUUAUUUGAACAAGCAUUCAGCUUUCAUGGGAAAAGUUUUCAUCGCAUCAGACAGAUGUUGCCAGACAAGUCUAUUGCUAGCCUUGUCAAAUACUACUACUCCUGGAAAAAGACUCGAUCACGAACAAGUCUAAUGGACAGACAGGCCAAGAAACUCAGUAAAGCUGGAGACAGUGACGAGGAAUCAGGAGAUGAAAAUGGUAAACCAGCAGAAAAUGGAAAAGAUGAAGCCAAGGAAAAUGAGAAAGAAGACAGAGAAUUUUAUCAUGAAAGGAGAACCGGUGUGAUCAGGUCAAAACGACAUGACCAUGGCCACAGUCGACACAAUCCCAUGAAACACAAACGGAAACCUCCACGCGGAAUGCACAUCAACACCGAGGAUUUACAGCUGGUAGGAAGUGGUUUGUCUGGUCAGGCUGAAGCACUGCUCAAAGCAUUGGACACAGAACUAGUUUCAAUCAAGCGACAGGUGCAGAAUAACAAACAGAUAAUCAGCAUGCAGAAACACAAACUGACCUGUGGUAUAGAUGAACUAAAACCUCCAGAGAGUAAUCAACGUAUUAAUGCAAAGUGGACCAAUGAGGAGCUAUUGCUAGGAGUGCAAGGUGUCCGAAAAUAUGGAAAAGACUUUCAGGCUAUCGCAGAGGUGAUAGGAAACAAGACAGAAGCUCAUGUACGAAGUUUCUUUGUAAACUUUAGACGACGAUAUAAUUUAGAUGAAGUGCUGGCAGAGUAUGAAGCAGAACAUGGGACAGACAAUACGAAGGAUGAGGAAGAGACAAAAGAAGAGGAAAAGAUGGAGACUGACUCUAAUGAGAUAGAAAUGAAUGGUAUCAGUACUGAUGACAAAAAUGGGACCUCAGCCUCCUCUACUGCUCCUCCACCUCUCCUCAAACAAGCUCAGGGAUCUGUUAGCCUGCGGGUGCCAUCAGUACCUCAACACUCCAGAUUACUUCCUCCCCAAAGAACGAUACUUCAUCAACCACCUCCACUGAUUGCUGGCCGUCCUAAUUCUUCUUCUCCUUCAAAUAUCACAAAGUCCGUCAGUGCCUCUUGAUAGUCUACAAACACUUUGUCCGCUAUAUUAUAAAUGUUUGGGCGGAGUCUUGUAUACUGUAACUGUUAGGGCAGAAUUUGGUAUACUAUAAAUGUUAGGGGCAGAGUCUUGUAUACUAUUACUAUUAGGAGCAGGGGAACAGAGCCUGGUGUACUUUAAUUGUUUUGGACAGAGUUGAGUAAUAAUUGAGAACUAGUAACAACAGAAGACUUGACACAUUUCCUGCACUCACCCGAUCUGAUCUUAAAGAUGAUAUCUGUUUAGCGCCAAGCUGAUUAAGAACACAAGAAGCGAUAUUCAAAAUGUGCCAUGCUCUCCAAGACAAGUAUAUCCAGUUAGUGAUGAUAGUGUUUGCCGAACUUUAAUUUGGAGAGGACAUUGUGAUGUGUACAGAACAAAAUGUCUGACUCUGGUCAUGAGAGGUCUGCUGUGUACUGCAUGCAGAAUGUGUGUAUCUCACAAGAGGUUGAGCACAUUUUUCUGUGUACUGAAUGCUAGGAACCUCUGAUCAGGAGAGUACUUUGUUGUGAACCUCUGAUCAGAAGAGCACUCUGCUGUCAUCAGGAAAGAGAUAUUUGUACUGAAUGCCUAACUCUGGCCAGUGCAAAAAAUUUUGUACAAGUUAUUUGAUAAAGUGCCUAUUAUAGGUAACUUCAAUAUAUCUUAAACACUGGCUAAUACCAUUGAUGAUAUGACCAUUAAAUAUUUUUUUGGCAUUUUCACAUAGAAAUCAUAUUGUGUGCAUGUACUACAUUUGAAAACCAAUAUUUUUAAUUGAAUCAAAAUUUGUAUAGGGUCAAUAAGAACUGUACAUCUUCAUUUUAUUUCAUUGAAAAUACAUGAAUGAGAAGAACACCUACAAUUGAAUUUAUCUUGUGCAAUAAUUUAUCUUGUAUCCUAGUUUUGUAUGUAGUCUCAUUUGUUUCCUGUCAAGUGUAAUAGUUAAUUCUAUCAACUGUUUAUUUGUUAAAAUAUUCUGGAUAUCUCUAUUCUUGAAUUUGUCAUUUGAAGUUUGUUGGGAAAAUCUGCAGCUGAGAAUAUUAUAGAAGCUAUUUUUGUGUAACUUGGCUCAGAUAUUUUUUUACAAGUAGUUUCUGAGAUUUUGAGAAGAAUGUCACUUGUACAGUGUUCCUGUAAAAUUUAUCCUAAUUGAUUUUAACCAGUUGUAAAUUGGUGUCAUGUUUCCUAAAUAGUGUUUGUGAAAGUUGUCAUACACCAUUAGGGAACAGUUUAACUUUACCUUGUUGCUUUGCUUUUUCUGUUGGAGUACCAUAAGUCAUUAGUAUUGUCUUUCUCAAAUUCAUUGUAGUGUGUAGACAAUAGUUUUGGUGGGUUUAGUGUAUUUUUCUUUGUCUUACAGACAGAAUUGUUAGUGGUAGAUUAUCUAAUUAGUUCCAGAAUCACUUUACCUGCUAGGUGUACAUGGCACAGUGAUGGAUAUGACUGUCUCUACAGUUGAAUAAUUUGGAAAUAUUUCGAGACACAAGAUUUUUUCCAGGUUUGGGAAAAUUCCUCAGAAUUGCCAUUGUCAUGUAAAAUUGGUACAGCUCAUUGUAGUGAUGAACAUCAGUAGGCCAUGGUUUUGUCGGGUAUAUCAGGUCCUGCAUAUUUCCAAUCACUCAUUUGCGCAUGAAUCUUUUUUUCUUUUUUUUAUGUACCAUCAUGUUGCUGGGAAAGUAUGUGAUUUGUCACACCAUUUUGUAAAUAACUUUUUUAUUUAUUAUAUGUAUUUGCAGUUUAAGUAUAUAUUUCCCAUGAUUUAUCUUUAAAGUGCUCAACUUUAUUGGAUGUUACUAGAAGUUGCAUUUGGUUUACCUUCCCAAUCAUGACAAUUAUUUUGGAUGGGUACUGAUGUACUAAGUGUGUGUGACAAAAAUGAAAGUGUUUUAUAGUUUUUUUUUCUCUCUUUCUAUCAGUUUCAACUAACUAUUCAUUCCAUAACCACUGAGAUGUGAAGAUGUAAAUUAGUCGUAUAAUAUAAAAUGAUGAAAAUAUAAAAUAAAAGCUGAAAACAAAA